AUGGCGCCCAACGUAGUCUCUUCGCAGGUCAAGCUCUCCUAUCCACUCUAUGCAGCCGAUUUCGAUCCCUACAACCCUGAUUUCUUGCUCGUUGGCGGCGGCGGCGGCUCUUCCUCGACAGGUGUUCCUAACAAAAUAUCAUUGAUCGAUACAACACAACGAGAGCAGCUGGCGGAGGUGGUUGACAUUGAGCUAGCAAAGGACGAAGACUCGGUGACGAGUCUCGCGGUCUCAGAUUCCUCGAGUUCUUCCCUGGUUGCUUUUGCCGGCAUCAACAGUUCAGUCGCGGAUCAAAAUGCGGGCAAGAACGAACAUUUGAGGUCUUUCCGCAUAGGACUGCCAGCAAAGAAGAGGAGGGCUGAUGGGACUGCUGUGGAAAAGACGGAGAAGCCGACCCAGGGUUCACAAGCGCUGGGAAGGACAGCGUUGUUCAAAUCGGCGACAGGCUCCAAGAAUGAAACAUAUCAAAGAGUCCUGCGCUUUUCACCAGCACAGCAGCCAGGAAAAUCUCGAAUAGCAGCCAUUGCAUCAGGACUUGCCCCAGAGAAUGAGAUUAUUGUUUUCAAGCCUGCGCCAAAGCCGACGCCAAAGGACGAGGUUUCACGCAUCAGUCUGGGGAAUAGUGAAGCUGGCGAUCUGGAUCUUUGUUCGGACAAUGAUGAGGAGGGAGGAUAUAUUCUAGCAUACUGCACAGACGACGAGGUCUUUGUGCAAAAGUUACCUGUCUCUUCCUCCCAGAAGAACAGCCCUGCAUCAUUAUACCGCACGACAGAAUCGACGACUUCACUUCCACCUUCUAAGAGGCCCAGGUUUCGGGCCAUCCGCUUCCUCACACCCCAUCAUCUCUUACUCCUACAGAACAGGCCUGGAAGGAGCGGUGCGGACCUGCUGGUCCUAAGAGUCUCCCAGGAUUUCUCCCAGUCUCGUGUGACUCUACGCAAACGGUUGGACAAAUCUACCAAAGCUGCCGUUGGACUCGACGUCUGCACGUUGAGCCCGUCAGAGCAGGGCGAUCAGCAAACAGUCAUUGCCGUUGCAGGCCAGAGUGGGGAUGCUAGCUCUAUCGAACUGCUUACGAUCGAUUACUCUGGUCAGUCUGGGUUGCUAGGCACAUUUCGAUCAUAUACACUCUUGCGCAAUAUUCAUAGCGGCCCAUUGACCCGGCUUGUCUUCUCGAGGUUCCAGGGCCCGUCACUCCCUGUGACCAAAGACACACCGCCCCAGUCCAUUCGCCUGGCUUCUGUGGGCGUCGAUAUGAUGGUGAAGGUGCAGUAUCUACCACUACGGCCAUUCCCGACGCUGUACACGAAGACUCCUCGCUACGUUCUCAUCCCUCCGGGCCGCUCCGAGACGAUGCAAACUACAUUCAGCGUAUUUUUCGCACUCGUCGUGGUCGGUGUUGUUGCGGUUCUCAUGCAGGCUUUUUGCGAGAUUCGAGGAGCUGUGCCUCCCGUUCUUGGUGCAUCCGACUGGUUAUCACCUCGAAUGCGGGAGGUAAUUGCUCGCCCUUAUUUGUUUGCCGAUGGUCUCCCAUCUAUAAAGCCGUCAGAUAUUCCGGUCGCCGCACAUAGCGCUACAGAGAGAGUCAAGACUGCUGCAGAGGGAGUGCAGUCCGAGAUCUCCCAUGUCGUGUCAGAUUUGGAAAAGACGCUGGAGGACUUUGUCCGAGAGAAUUCUCGCCUUGACACGCCCAAGGCUAUCGUCGUUCGAGACGGAGCCGAGGCUGGUGAACUUUCGACGGAAGUCCUUGAACACGAUGCAAAUCUGGUCAGAGAUGAAACGCUGAAGAAGUGGGAAGAGCUGAGCGAGCAUCAGAAGAGGAGUUGGAAGCGCAAACUCAUCGACACGGGUCAUUGGGCUGAAAAGCAGGGUGAGGGCGUGCUGAAAGGAAUUCUCUUCUCAGAGCUUGCUGGGGUGGUUGGUAACAUGGUGGCAAAUUAG